ACUUCGGUUUCAUGUUGUAUUAUCUCCGUAAUUUGUGCUACUUUGUGACAAACCAAAUGUUUAUGAAAUAUGUGGUUGUGUUUGGUUUAUUUUAAAGUAUUAUGUAUUGAAAAAACUCUUCUCAAUGUGUUUAUUGUGCGACAAGUUCUUUUCAAAACCAAUGACAUUAUAUGAACUCGAUGUGCGUUUUGGCCAUUUUACUUGGCUUGCGUUGGUGAUUCGUAUAUAGUCACGUGACCAAAGUGGUUUUCGGAUCAAUGGCGCCAAAAGACUAUUACAGAAAAUGUUUUGCCUAUUAUGGGGUUGCAAAUUAAAAUAUCAUCAUGUGAAUAAUGUGACAUUCUACACGAUGUUGCUACCACGUUCAAAGUGUAAAGUCGUGAAGGGUUCGUGAACAUGUAGGUUGUGAACAUAUUAGUUAAGAUGUCGUUGCGAGGCACAAAACGGGCGUCUGGGAUGCGUGGGGAGGAGGCAGGCGCAUCCAAGCGCCGCAGGACAGACCCCGAAGACCCGCUCUGGCAGCUUCGGCCUGUCAGUGACCUCAAAAUGUCAUCUAUAUACAAUAGAAGUGCCUCUGAGGCACCCGCUGAACUGUUCAGAAAAGAUCUUAUCAGCGCAAUGAAGUUGCCUGAUUCAGAACCAUUGACACCUAGCGAGUAUUGGGUUAUCACAGACACUUGGAAGCAGGAUUGGGAAAGGGGAGUACAGGUUCCUGUUAACCCAGAUUCAUUACCAGCACCGAAAGUUAAAAUCAUUGAUAACCCAAAACCACCAAAUUUUCAAGAUUUUAAAUUACCUAGAGACAAGUACAUACAUCUAACUCGGGAUGCUCACUAUCAGGCAGAUAAACAUUUUCUCAGUACAACACCAGCAAGAGCGGAGGCAGCUUGUAGUUAUGAUCUGGAUGCCACAGACACAGCCUGGCUGAAACUUUUGAAUUCAGAAAGAGCAAGAGCUGGGGCAUCCUCUGUUACAGAAGAUCAGUUGGAGAAAGUCAUUGAAGAACUAGAGGUCCGAACCUGGGACAAAAUUCAAGCGAUUAUAAAAUCGGAAGAGGGCCUCGGAAUUGAAUAUGACGAAAAUGUCAUCUGUGAUGUUUGUCGAUCCCCAGAUUCAGAGGAUGGAAACGAGAUGGUGUUUUGUGAUUCAUGUAACAUUUGCGUUCACCAAGCUUGUUAUGGAAUCACAGUUAUACCAGAUGGUCAGUGGCUUUGUCGACCUUGUGGAGCUGGUAUCAGACCGACUUGUGUUUUGUGCCCUAAUCUUGGAGGGGCUAUGAAAUGUACACCCUCAGGACAUAAGUGGGCCCACGUUAGCUGCGUCCUUUGGAUUCCUGAAGUUUCAAUAGGUUGUGCUGAGAAAAUGGAACCUAUAACAAAAAUAACCUCGAUCCCUGCAUCUCGUUGGUCGUUAGUGUGUGUAUUGUGUCGUGAGCGUAAAGGUGCCUGUAUACAGUGCUCUGUGAAAACUUGUAAAACUGCUUAUCAUGUAACUUGUGCAUUUAAACAUGGACUAGAAAUGCGUGCAAUAAUCGAGGACGAAAACGCAGACGAUGGAGUCAAAUUGCGUUCCUAUUGCCAGAAGCAUAGUGUCAACUCUAAAAAAGAAAAAUGUCCUGGCUCCGGCUCUGAAGAGGAAGAAGUUAAAAGAAAACGUCGUAAAGAUAUGACUUCAGAAGAAAAGACUCAAGCUCGUGCAGCGAGGCUGCAGGAAAUAGAAGGUGAAUUUGAUCGACACGUCAGUGUAAAAGAUAUAAGUACACAUCUUCUUGACGUUGAUCAAGAUGCUAUCAAUUACAUUUACAAUUACUGGAAAUUAAAAAGGCGUGCGGGUCAUAACCGUCCCUUGCUUCCACCAAAAUCUGAUGACAAUGAGCUGCUUACCCACAGACAAGAGCAAGCAGAUCUCGAUAAAAUGAAAAUGUUUGUACAGCUGAGACAAGAUUUGGAAAGGGUGCGAAAUCUUUGCUAUAUGGUAAGCCGAAGGGAAAAGCUAUCUCGUUCAUUCUUUCGAAUGAGAGAGCAAACCUUUCAUAAACAAGUGGCAGUGUUGUCUGCUGAUUCAAAUAUAUCAGGGCCAGACUUAGCAGCCAUAAUUGAAGCCAAUCAUGGGCCAUCAAUAUACGACAGAUUAUAUUCUCAUCCAAAUGCCCCUGAUCAUAAAAAUGAUUUUCAAGAUCUCCUUGCUCGUAUUGCACCCCAAGAAGUUGGUGACGAUAAAAAGAAAGAUCGUAACGGGCUACUAAGAGGUGCAAAAACGACAAAUCCUUAUAAAAAACAUUAUGUCAAUGGAUCUCGACGGAGUGGAAGUAUGUAUAGUGGUCUAUCUAGUGAAGAAAGUGGUACUGAAAUUAGGGGUAAUACUAAGUACCGCGGCCGAGCUAUUGGCUCUAGCACUGAUGAAGAUGUAAAGAAACCUGCCGUUUCACCGAAAAAGAAAGUAUCGCCUAAAACCAAAGGAAAAAAAUCUCCCAAGAAACCAGAAAAGAAGAAAAAGAAAGGCCCUCAAUCUAAAGCAUUAGUUGAGAGCAGUUGUGUGAGUGAUAUGAGUGACGAUGAAGUUAUAAAAUCUAGAAUGAAAAAAGAUAAGUCAAGAAGCAAGACAUUGCAACAAAUGGAAAAAGAAAUGACAGCUGGUAAAGGUGGUCAAUCAGCUUCAGAUAGUGAUGAUCUCAUACCUAUGCGAACAACCCGAAACAGUAAAUUCCCCAUAGAUAUUUAUUCCGACAGUAGCGAAGGCGCUUCUGUAAAGGAAGAAGUUAAACCUGAAAAGUCAUCAAAAACAAAAACUGAUAAGACUAAAGUGGAUAAAACAAAAGUGGAUAAAUCUUCUAACGAAAAUGAUUCACAACAAUCACUACCUCGUACGAAAGCAGCAAUGAAAGAGUUUAUUCCGACACAACCUGAAAAGAAAGUUUCUCCGGUAAAAGACAAACCAGCUCCUAAGAAAAGGGGAAGAAAACCAUCAAAUAAGGAGAAAAAGACACCCGUAAAAAAUAAUGAGUCAGACGAAGAAGCUAGAGAUAAAGAGAAUAUUAAAUUUGCUAAACAGAAAGACCAUCCUACUGAUUUGAUUGUGCCGCAAAGACAGGCUGCUAAGAAAGCGUCUGAAAAUAUGCGUUCUACUACAGCAAUUAAAAAGGAAGAAAAUGUGCCCGAAAAACAAGUAAGUGGUGAUGAUACUAAGCCAAAACCAAAAAUUAAAUCAAAAGGAAAGGAACCUAAAGAUAUUCCAGAGAAAGUGGGAAGGAAAAAGUCGUCAAAAGAGCAAGAAAAAGAACCAAUAGCAUAUGUGCCUCAAAGACAAGCUGCUAAGAAAGCUGCAGCACAUAUCAAAAGUGGACUUGGAUCUAAGGCACCUGCUACUGAAACUCUUGAUGGCGAUAAAAAGAAAGAUUCUGAAAAGGCCGAAAUCGCUAAAACUUCUCCUAAAAAAGAAGAAGGUAAAAGAUCAAAAUCACCACAAAAGGAGACUUCAAGUUCUUCUUCUAAUUCAAGUAGCAGUAGCGACUCGUCAUCAUCGAGUUCAGAUGAAGAACAAGAAAAACCAGCAAUUAAGCCUAUGAUAAAAGCACGUGAAAUUAAACCAUUAAAGCCCCCUUCAAUGUUUUCUCCACCAGGCUCUAGACCAACAGUGGACUUGCCCUUUCUUGACAAGGUGUCAAGACCAUUGUCUUCAACUAGUGCCUCGAGUGAUACUGACAGCUCUAAAGGAUCAAGAUUUUCUGGAUCGGGAAGCCCCUCACCCAAACGUCCUCGAAGACGCAGAAAGAGAAAAAGUAUAUCAAUCGAUUUGCAAUCUCCACACAAGGCCCCAGAGAAGAAGCUUAAAACUUCCGAACGCGGGUCCGAGUGUGGGUUAUCAUUGCCGCCUGUUGAAAGAGAGGAACCGAGCAGACCCAGCGACACGCGUGCUGCCACGCGUGCUCGGACCAGAAGCACUAUUUCAAGCGGAAAUAUGCUUAAUAAGUCUGACGACACCAGACAGGGAAAAUCAUCUAAAGACGACCCAGGAAUUGUCUCGGCCUCAAGUAAAAGUUCCAAAGAGACCACCCAGUCCGUUAAACUUGCAACUCCGAAACGGAAAGAGAACGAGGAGGUGAAAAAAGUUGGGGACUGUCCACCUCUCGAUGUUCCUAAAGUUGAUAAUAGAGUGCGAUCUAUCAAGCCAAAAGGCCGCGUUUCCAUUGAUGAUAAAAUGAAAGUUAUGGAAAGUGAACCUGUUGCUUUGAAGAGAAAUAGCCCUAAGAAGAGUACUGAACUCAAACAUAAGGUUGUUCCAAAUAGAAGAAUAAGUGUCAAAGAUUUAGCAGAAAAAGAAAUGAUGUCGCCGCCGAAAGAAAUUCGUGAAAUAGUACCUAAGGAGAGAAGACCUUCAAGACGUGACUCCCAAAUAAUAGAUCAUGCAAGUUUGUCACCGGUAAAGAAAGUAAAUACGACUCCUAAAGAACAGCCAACAGCUGUAGAAACGAUGGAUGAGAAAAUAUCUCCAGUUAUAAAUGACGACUUUUCUGAUCCGGAUAAGAAUUGGCUUCCUAAGGCUCCUAGCCCCAACGUUCAUCCUCCACCUGUGGAAAAACCAGGUGAUCAUGAGAAAUAUAUGACUGAAGAUAAAUCUUUGGAUUCAGAUUACGCUGAUAAAAGUAGUAUUAAGAUGAUUGCGAAAAUUCAAGCAAAUCUGAAUGAAAAUACCAUGAUUAAAUCUCCUAAAACUCCUAUGGAUGCUCGUACAAUUGAUCCAAUUGAUGUUGAAAACCCUAUAGCUCGAAAUGUCAGAAAACGGUCAAUUCUUGAUUCAGAAAAGAAAUUCAUUGCUCAAGAUGCUAGUCAUGUUCAAGGCGUCGAGAUAUCUAAGAGUGCUAAAAUACCUUCAGCAGUAAAUCCAUUUCCGAAUCGGGCCAUGUUUUCUCCACAAUCCAAAGAUAAUGAACUAUUUGAAUUGGAUAUAUUUUCCUCAGUUGAAGAUAGUUUUAAUCACGAAGAGAUGAUCAAACCUUUUACAUCUUAUCCAGAAUUCUUUAAAAAGGAAGAUUCUAAAGAGCAAGGUGUGCAGGAAACUCUAGAUUUAGUAGAUAGACUGAGAAUGCAACUUAAUACUAAAAAGCCCCCAGCUGAAAAGAAUGUCCAGGAAGAUAUUGACAUGGGGGACAAAGAUCAUAGAGUUGAAGAUUUGAUUACUGACAUUCCACCCCUUACAAAAAGUGAGAAAACGGAAAUAUUCGACUUGCACGAUAAAUUAAGUUCACCGAAGAAUAAUACAAGCAGUAAUUAUCCCGGUUCUGAAUCUAACAAUCUUACCAGGAACUUUAACAACAAGGAAAUACUAUCUGUGCCCUCUAAUAGUAAUGAAAAAUGGAGUGAUUUGAAUUUAUCUCGAAAUGAACAGCAGUUAGACCUAUCAAUAGAAACGAAAUACGAAGUUGCAUCUUACACUGAAGAAAUUAAGGAACAAGGUACUAUUCUUUCAAUACCUUCGGUGUCAGAAGGAGGGGAUUGUAUAUCAAAUACUAAGAGUGACGAUUCACAAUCCUUGUCUGUAAUUGACCAUUCAGUUCACAGUAAUGAUCAUGACCUUACGCAAGACAAUCCAACUUAUGACAAUAAUAAUUCUGCAAUACAUUCCGAUUGUGCUACGAUAUCUUCACCGUACAUAGGUCAUGAUUCAAAAUGGUCAGAAAGUAAAAUAACAAUGCGAAGAUCUUCAGCUUCAAGUACCAAUUCGGAAGGCUCAAUUUGUUCACAGAAAGUAGAUAUCAAAUCACAUAUUCGUUGCGAAUCUCGACAAAGACCAGAAAUUGAUUCUUAUCCACCAGCUUAUGCGUGUCCUGUUGAAACCGCCAUGCCUUUGAAUCAGUACACCUCUUAUCCGCCUGAUUCACCUUUUUUGAACUCCAUGGCAACAUUACCGUUGUUUGCGCCAGGAGCUUGCGCAUCAUCACAGUUACCAUUACCCUCUCCGGCGCCCGGACUGUAUGCUGCAGGCCUUCCGUUUGGACCAAACCCUUUAAUGCCGUUGUCUAAGCCAUCUUUUUCAUUGUGCGCUACAUUUACUUCAUCAUCGCAAAAUAUUGCAUUGACAACUGCAAUGAUAGCGUCGCCAACUUCUAAACCCUUGGACUCACCGCAAGAUGAUAUUGAUGUUACAAGUAGUGAUAAAUUAUCUAUUCGCGUGGCUUCUAGUCCAAGUAUCAGCGUAGAUUCCUUUAAUGAUUCAAGUAAUACGCGACCUGCUACCAAACUUUCUAAUGAUAGCAAUGAGACUAUAAUAAGCGUGACACAGGAUUCAAAGUCUCCUCCGAAGUUAUCUAAAAAUGCCACUAAAUUCCCAGGAAAAUCACCGGGUAAAAGUCCCGGAAUAUCUCCUAAGCAUUCAGAGGUUCCAAAAGGGUCAAAGCGUGCAAAUAACAGAAAUAAUAGAAGUCAAAGAGGACGAGGCAGGUCGAAGAGCCGUGGACACGCAUAUGCGUCAGGUGACUAUAUUAGUAAUUCUAUUCAGAGUAAAUUAGUGGGAACUGUGUAUGAUUUUAACGAAGAACUAGCCAAUGAUGGUGUAGAUCUUAAAGCAUUAAGAGAUAGACGGAAGUCCAUAGACAUUAGAGAUGAUAGAAAAUCUGAACACUCCUAUAAAGAUUCAUCUCAAUCACCUCGAGUACUGAGCCCUUCAACAAUGAGUAAACGAUCUACUCCUGAACCUAAAGAUGUGAAGUUGAUUACCCCUGAACAAAUUGAAAAAGCAAAAUCGCCGUCAGAAAGAAGCAGUUCCGAAAGAGGGCCAGGUUUUUCACAAGUACACCCAGUGUUACCAGGUCCCGUGGAUAUGCGUACCUAUAGUAGUUUCGAUAAUCCGGCACCACCUGCCAGCGAUGCUUAUAAUAGUCAUCUUCUUGCGUUUGCUAGUGGAACAGCUGACCAACAAUUAGUUGAAAUUGAUGAGGAGGUAGAGAAACAGCUCCAUUCAGAUCUUAUGGCAAUUAAAGCUAAAACUGGCAUUCCUGGUAUGGUUUCUUCGCAAGGAACAGUUGAACCCAUAAAAGAGACUACUUUACCUCAAUUACCGAAAGUAUCAUUAUCAGAUUCAAGAAAUCAGUUAAAAGUAAAGAUCAAAGGCCCAUUCUUGGAUGCAAAUUAUUCAGCGAGCUCAGUGCAACCAGUAGUACCUCAGCCACCAGCUCCAACCUACGAUUCUAAUACAAAUGUUUUAAAUACACCUAACAAUUCUACAAGUUCGAUGAUGUCUGGUUCUACCAACCUCAGACGCAUGCGGAAAAAAGAGUUAUUACGUCAAUAUUGGACGCAAGAUAUGAACAUGGAUGAUCCAACAAACGCUUCAACUAUGGGAAUAGCACCACCUCCUGCAGCGCCGCAACCAUUACCUCGCGCGGUUAUUACCAUACCUAAAGCAGUAGCAUCUAUGACAAGUAUACCUACCAGAGAAGAUUACAAAAUUACAGACACACCUGUUGACAAGAAAAAACGCAAAACAACAAGUGGACUAUCUCGUGAAUUACGACAUUUAGAAGUCAGUAUGAACGAUGAUGUCGAUAUUUCUGACGACGUCAAGCUUUCUAAUAUAGCAGGCAGUUCAAGUCAAGCACAUAAAAGGCGUGGAAGGGUUUCAACGAAACCGAACCGAUCUAGAGCUUCUUCUCCUGUUGCUCCAAAACUAAAAAUAAAAAUUGGUUCCAACAUCGUCCAACAAGUGAAUGAAGAAUCUCCUGGAUUCCAGUUUCGUCCACCUAAAAAACGCCUUCAGAGCAUACCAAAGUUACCUAGCUUUGAAGACUUACGUCGUGAGAGCAUGAAAUAUCGACGCAUGGUGAUGGCUGACUUUGAGGAAAACGAAAAGACAAGCAAACACAAACCAAACAAAAGUGAAAAACGCAAAAAGAAAAAGGACAAAAAAUUAGAAAAAGAAAAACUUCAAGUGGUUAAUAGUGAAAGUGAAAGUGCUACGAAAUUGAUUAUAAAAAUAAAGCGUACAAAAGAAGAAGAAAAGAAAGCGGCUGCCGGCGGUCCGCUUGCCAGUGCAGCGGCUGUCCCUGAACCAGCGGUGGACCCCUUCGAGUACGACCCAGGCGCGCAGGACCCUCUGGCCAUAGACCCGCCUUUCAGCGCUGGGACGGCUUCCACAUUGCGUAGGAUACGGACAGACAAAGUGACGCCUAUUCGAUUAAAAAUAGCCCGCAGUUCACAGGGCUCGGGUUACGUGAUGAAGGGAGCGGAGGGAGGUGCGGGUGAGGUCUCGGUUCCUGCUAGCGACGCGGCCCCCGCACCCCCCUCUACCUCAGCGGCUGUACCGCUCGCGCUCAAUAAACACUGUGAAGUGAGGUGAUAUCAAACGCGUCGACGCCGUUGAAUUGAAACCGUGUCUGAGAGACGUUAAAAAACGUGUACAGUUAAUAUUAGAAUUAGAUGUAAAUAUUUUAUGUAGUAUAAUAUUCUUUUUAAUUGUCGAUGUAGUUUGUUACAUUAUUUAUUUGUAUAGAUGGAAAGCUCAAUGAUUAACUUAAAGUUACUCUAAGAUGUAUGAUAAUUUGUACAUCAUGUGAUGUUCAAGUAAAUUUUAAUAUAACAUAUUAUAUAUUUUUGUUAAUGUUACUAUUUUACUUUGUGCCUCAUUAUAUGGAAUCUCAUUAAGUAUAAUAUGAGUAUAUAAGGUAUUUUUGUUCUCAAAGCUGCUCUAUCACAAUCUACAUCACAGACUGACAAGGCAUUGAUUCUAUAUGUUGGUUCCUUUUAUAUCAAACUUUUAUUAUUAUAAGAUUUUUACUUGAGGCUUUAUGGAAUCAUUUCUAUUUUCUUUGUAUUGUAAUAUUAAGAUUUUAAUAAAUUAUUUCUCUAAAUCACUUUUGCCAAAUUAACUUAGUGUCCAACAUACUUUAUUUAAUGUUGUCAUAUUCAAUUAUAUAUUUUUUUUGACAUCUUUUUAUACAUUUUGAUUAAUUAAGAAUUAUUAAAUAUUAUACGUGUGUAUAAGUUUAUCAUCUAUUUAUAAAGUAAUUGAAACAUUUCAACAUAUCAACCCGCGACAUUAAAUAUAUUACAAAAUCAAAUGUCCUAUGUAGAACUUUAUGUAAAUUAUCAAUCUACUUCUACUCAGAAUUAUAAUGCCCUGUCAGUCAAUUUUAAUAAUUAUUUUAAGGACGAUUAUGUUUAAAAAAAAUCAUUAAUAGCUUAUGGUUCAUUAACAAGUUCUGAUAUAUUUAAUUUCUUUCUUUCAUUCCUAAGAAGCAGAAACUUAAAUUAAUAUUUUAGUGUGACAUUCAAAAGGAUAACAGCUUGCCAUCCAAACAUUGACCGAAGCACCCAUAUCAUGAUAAAUGAAACGAGCAAUCCAAAUACCAUCAGCAAUUAAUAUUUUAUAUAUAUAUAUAUAUUUUCUUUUUUCCUUAAUGUAUAUUUCACACAAUGUCAUAUCAAUGAAAUUAUUAUUACAUUCCAUUGGUAUGAUUUUGAAAAUGAGAUAGAAUAUAUCAUGUUUUUUUUUUGUUAUAAUUUUAUAACAUUUUUUUUUACCUGUUUGCUUAUUUUAAAACAUUUGUAAUUAUUUAGAGGUUAAAAUUGUAUAUUAUUGUAUAUUGGACUGAUUGGCAUGUCGAUAUAAUAUUUCGAUAUUUUCUACACCUGUUAUGUGCAAUAUUUGGCAAUACUCAUCGGGAUAGUCAAGGUUAACGGGCCUAAGUGGGGUGUAAUAGUUUUAAGUGCAUGUUUGUUAAGCGUAAAUUAUGUCGUAUAAUUAUUUGAUCGCGAUGUAAAUAAUCGAUUUGUAACGCGAUGUUCGCGUCAGACAAUACAAUAACAUCAUAAAGACAUCUUGCACCUGGAAGUACGAAAAUGAGAUUCGACAGCAUGUGUUUUAAGGUAUUAUAUAUAAAUAAAUAUACUUACGUUAAAGUUUCUUUUUCAUAUAUAUAGUCUCAUUUUCGUACAUUCCCGAUGUAGAAAGUAUGUGCUAAACAGCUAUAAUUCAAUGUGGGUCCACGCGAUGGUCGUCUUUGUUUACUGUUACUAGCGAAUAUUAGUUAUAAUAUGUAUAUACAAUAGAUUCAACAGUCGAUAGUCGUUGCUUAAUACCAUAGCGUUGAUUCACGUCGAACGUUAAUUUCCGGACUACAAUAAAACGGUUCUGUCCAUUGACAUGUAUUGAAUGAUUCGGUGGUCAAAAUCCAACGGACAUGUAAUUCACCUCAUGUUUGUAAUGUAUUAGAAAAAAUAUCUGGUCUUGUAAAAUCAGCGUUCAAUUAUCUUGAUAUUUCUAAACGACACAUCUAAUUUUCGUUAUUAUAUAUAUAUUUACUUCCGUUUGAUACUUGAUAUUAUUCAAAGUUGUUUGACGUUUCUACUACCAUUUGUAUCGAAGAUUUUAUCUAGUAUGGGAGAUGGAUUUGCGAUUUAGCUUUGGAGCUUGCAUUCAACCGAGUUCAAAACAUCGUCGGGACAGAAACCUUUGUAAUUAGACCUCGUUAAAAUCAAGAAGUAAAAUUUGAAAGUAUUUAAUAUUAAACUUGGCGCCUCUUACGAACGUGUAGCUCUUGCUAACGCGAGCUGUUUGUACAUUAUGCCACAGACCUAUAUAAAACGUCGUUCAGCCCGAACAACCGAGCGUGUCAAACGUCAGGCGGGCGUCGGAGCUCACUUUCAUUAUCUAAUAGUAUAAUUCGAUGUGAAUGUUAAAUGUUGCCAUAUAUAUCCGGUUACAAUUGUAGAAUAGGUAUUACAAUUGUAUAUGUUCGCUUCUUAUUGCUAUUUAAUAGAAGGUUAUUUAUUAAUUGGUGGAUCCAUUAGAUGUUUUCCAUUGUUUGUAAUUAUUGUAUCGAUAUAGAUGCGACGUUAAUCGUUGAGAGUUAAACUCUGGAUAUCAUCGGUUAUAAGUGUAACCAGUGUCAGUUCUCUGAUCAGUUUGUGAGGUAACUGUAUAAAUCUCGCAUGUAGCACCAGAAUGACUUCCGUUACCAUGCAUUUACAGUAAUAUUAAUCUAUACAGUUGUGGUCACUAUUUCAAUGUGUUGUAUUAUUCCUGUAAAUAGACUAACAUAUCUACUGUUUUAUCGUAAAAUAUGCAUAAAAUCGAGUUUUAGGCUGUUAUCCUUCACCGACUAUUUCAGUUUCAUGCUUGCAUUUGAAAACCCCAACAUAUGAAGACAUCGUACGUCUUUAUUUAAUACAAUAUAGCAUAAUUUGUUAAUGUGUUGUCAUUUGAUAUCAGCAUUCAAAAAAAAAAAAAACAGGGUCUGAGCAGACUUCUUUUGUAAAUAUUUUCUACGGGCGUCUAUUUAGUAGUAAUAAUUUAAUAAUUAUAAAAAAAUUAAAAACAAUAGUUAAAAGUCGUUAGUGCUAAAUGGAAUAACGUGCAUUUUGUACCCUGAAUAGCAGGUCGUAUUCCUUUACAUUCGAACCCCAUAGUAGAUCUUACCGUGGUGUAGUGGUUACAAGUUCUUUGUAAAUCUGACAGGUAUAUGACUGGAAAUGCUUAAAUUAUCGUGUAGUAGAAUAACGACUCGGAAUCUACUUGUACAUAUAAAAUAGUUUUAAUAUGUGUCACAAUUUAAAAUUUAACGUAGCUUUAGGUUUGCUCAGAAACUAAUGUUAUGUGACUCUAUACAGCUUGCGAUCUACGAUGUAGGAAAUGAUUAUUGACGAGCCGCCAUUGUGGCUGAUCAACAUGGUUGCAUGCUAUUUAGAAUACUUUACAAUUAUAUAACAUUUAUCAAAUAAAUUAAUAAUAGCAAUAUUUUUAAAUUUUUAAUCAAUUUUCAUAUUAAUAGUGAUAUUAAAAAAAACCUGAAUGUCCUUUUUUUUUUGUUUUUAUUUUUACGUCUAUAUUCUUUCAGAGUUAUAUACAUAUUUCUUAAAUCAGCUUGCUUGUAAAUAUGUUGGUAAAAUUUUAAAAAACUAUUUUUAUGAGAACUCGGUUAUUACAAUAUUAACGAGCUGAGUGAAUGCCGUUAAUCGUUUAGAUUUUUUUAAAAAUUGUAAUUUACAAAAACAAAGCGGGCAUUAUAACAGCUUUUUGUAGACAAUUAUGAAAAUCAUUUCCUAUAAAUGUCAUCUCAUACUAUUCGGCUUUUAAAUUUUCUUAAUGGUUGUUCCUAAAACUGAAAUCACAAGUGUAAUUUUAAAACAAACCUAGCAUUAGUAUACAAGCAACAAAAUCACAAUACAAUUGUCUUCCCCCACGUCCGCUUAAGUUACGUCAUCUCAGCUAAAUUAAAUCUAACGAAAAACCGUAUGUUGGUGUUGUUCAAAUGUCUUUACGCACAAAGCCCUCGCGAACUAACAUCACAUUCAGAUAAUUAUUACUUUUGUUUAAUUCAUUACCUUAAUACUGUGAUUUGUUUAUCUUAUACAUUUAUAAGAAAUACUUGAAUGAUUUUUUUUUUUUUUGUAAUCAAGAUUCCAGCUACUGGAAAUGGUAACAGAUAAUGUAAAUAAAUUGAAAUAAUAAAUCCCUUUUCCUUAGACAAAUAUUUUACUAUAAUUGAUGUAUGUAAUUAUAUAUAUUUUGAAAUGUGUGUAAUGAUUUUUGGUACUAUAUUAUAGUCGUUAUUUAGAUUUCGUGCUUUGAGCGCAUGAUUUUAUAUUGAGUAUUUUAAUUUACUGAGUGUUGAUUAUUAUAAGUGUUGUACGGAAUUGUAGUUUACUUUCUACUGUAAGUGAUGUUAAGAAUGUGUGUUGUUACAACCUUUAUGUGUUAUUGUAUGUAACUAGUUAUACUUAUUAUAGACGAUUACGUAGGUGGUGUCGCUAGAGGCGAUUCCGAUCUCUUUCUAAUUUCAACUGCCUCUGAGCUGACUGUAUGACUUGAACUAGGCAUCUAUUUCAUUAGGCGUUAUAGUCGCCAGGUUGACAUUGGUACUCCGUAAGUCGAGUAGCUCACAGUCGGUUUACGUUAUAUUUAUUAAAUGAAGUACAUUACGUAUCUUAUAUAAGGACAUAACUUUGUGCCACAGCAGCAAAAGUUAUUACUGUUAGUUAUAAAGCCAUGGCUGACGACUCAUACCAGUCAUUAGUAUAAGAAAAAUAUAAUACAUAUAUAUUAAUAUUUAUGUCUUAGAUGAUAAACAUAAAAUUACUUUAGGAGAUUAAUAUCUAUACCACUAUCCGUUUAAGUAUUAUGAUCAAAAAAAAAAAUAAUAUUUCAAACGUUUUAAAAACUUUGUAUGUUAGAUGUAACUUUAAUUUGGUAAGAUGUACAAAAUACUUAUGUACAGUGUGUAAUGUUAAGUGGAUAGACCGGAGUGGCAGACGCGAACCGACAGCUACGUAUCGCGACGCGAGCCUGGGUUGUAUAUAGUGUUCCAAGGACCCUGUAAAAUAACAAGUGUUUUCAAAGUGCACAUAGUCGCCUCAUUCAUUAAAUAAAUUUUUUAGAUCAA